AAAACCACAUAGGUUAUCUGGGAUCCCUCGGUUGCCUGAAUAAAGCCGGCGAAAGUUCAAAGACUGCGGCGACGAGAGGCGGCACUCCUCUCAACCGGCAAUGGCUCUUGCUGCCUCAAGGGGUCAGCUCGAGGACCGAAUUAGCCCUAGGGUUUGGAUCUAUCUGUUUCUCCUCACGCUUCAGUAUGGGGCUCAACCGCUGUUCUCAAAGCGAUUUGUCGGGAAAGAAGUUAUUGUUACAUCAGCUGUUUUGGCAUGUGAGGUAGUAAAGGUCUUUUGUGCAUUGAUUCUCCUAGCAAAGCAAGGUAGCUUCAAGAAGUUAUUCAGUCAGUGGACUUUAAGUGGCUCACUGACUGCCUCAGGCCUUCCAGCAGCUAUAUAUGCAUUGCAGAAUAGCCUCUUGCAGAUUUCUUACAGGAACCUGGAUUCUCUGACUUUCUCUAUUCUCAACCAGACAAAAUUGUUCUUCACUGCAAUUUUUACUUUUGUCAUUUUAGGGCAAAAACAAUCCAUUCGACAAAUCGGGGCCCUUACCUUACUAAUGAUUGCUGCUAUUCUUCUAAGCGUGGGAGAAGGAUCUACUAAAGGUUCUGGUGGGAGAAACACUGAUCAAGUUUUAUUUUAUGGAAUAGUUCCAGUUAUGGUGGCUUCAGUGUUGUCUGGGUUGACAUCUUCUUUGUGCCAAUGGGCUUCACAGGUAAAGAAACACACGUCAUAUUUGAUGACUAUUGAAAUGUCAGUUGUUGGAAGUCUAUGCUUGUUAGCAAGCUUGUACAAGUCUCCAGAUGGGGUGGCUAUAAAAAAACAUGGAUUCUUUUAUGGAUGGACACCGUGGACGUUGGUUCCAGUUAUCUUCAAUGCUGUAGGAGGAAUCCUUGUGGGCCUUGUAACGGCACAUGCUGGCGGUGUGCGCAAGGGUUUUGUUAUAGUAUCCGCACUCUUAGUUACAGCUCUGCUGCAAUAUUUUUUAGAUGGCAAAUUGCCAUCUCUUUAUUGUCUUGCUGCUUUGCCACUUGUAAUGAGCAGUAUUUUCAUAUAUCAGAAGUAUCCAUACAUUGCUAGGAAGAAGAAGGACUAACCUAUGAAGCUGAACUCAAGCUGGCAAGUUUUCGUGGCAUAUACUCUACUUAUUAUUGUUAAACUUCAAAUACAUUGAAAAGGUAAAGAACAUCGCUUUAUUGUGCUGAUUUGAUAUUGAUAAAUUAGUUAUUGUAUGAUUCGGUGGAAUUUGAAUUAUAGUUGAAAUACUAAUGAAAGAUUUUAAAUUCAAAUU